UGUGUAAAACUUUGAAACCGAUUUUGUGAAAUAUAUCCAGAGCUUUUGCAUUAUAAAUAUAAUAGAACUGCUGAUUUCCUGCAUGUUAUAUGAUGAGCGACGAUCCGCACAAGUUCAGUGACGCCGAGGAGGACGAAGACGACCUGCGUAAUUCGGAGUGGGUAAACGAUUUUAAAUCGCUUACGGUGAAGCAUGAAAUCUUUAAGGAUAUUAAACUAACUGCCAAAGAAGCCAGCGACGACCUUGUUGAAGUUCUUAAGGCCAUCAGCGAUGGUGAGGAUGAGGACGAAAAUGCAGGAUAUGAUUACGAGGAGGAUGACUACGAGGAAGGCGAUGACUAUGAUGCGUACGAAGAGUCCUACACUGGCUUCAACAAAAUGAACGUCCAGCCCCAGAUAACAACCAGCGCAGCAGGCAGAGGAGGAUCCGGCAGCGGCUCUGGAGCGGGACCGCAACGUGUGAGCAGCUAUCAGCCUAAUGAGAAGCUUCUCCGUCGGUAUUCCGCUCGCAUCAAUGUGGAGAAGUACGAUCCGACCACGAAUAUGAGUGCCCAGGCGGCCAACAGGCUAGUGAACUUCGAUCGGCGGGAAAGAACGCAGGUUCGUGACAAACACGACCGAGCCACAGCUGAGCAGGUGAUGGAUCCGAGGACGCGUAUGAUCCUAUUCAAGCUACUCAAUCGCGGCAUGAUUCAGGAGAUCAACGGCUGCAUCUCGACAGGAAAAGAGGCAAAUGUCUAUCAUGCCGUUUCCAAGGACGGAAACGACGAAUUCGCCAUUAAAAUCUACAAGACCUCUAUUUUGGUAUUCAAGGACCGCGACAAGUAUGUGUCCGGAGAGUUUAGGUUUCGGCACGGCUACUGCAAGCACAAUCCGCGCAAGAUGGUGCGCACCUGGGCGGAAAAGGAGAUGCGAAACUAUUUGCGCAUGCGGAACGCCGGUGUCCCCGUUCCGGAGCCGAUUCUAUUGCGUUCGCACGUCUUGGUCAUGCGCUUCUGUGGUAAGGAUGGCUGGCCGGCACCCAAGCUGAAGGACGUUGAAGUGAGCACAUCCAAAGCGCGCGAGCUGUACCGCGACUGUGUUGUUAUAAUGUGGCGUAUUUACAAUCAGUGCCGUUUGGUGCACGCCGAUCUUUCCGAGUUCAAUAUCUUGCUACAGGACGGGCAGUUGGUAAUUAUCGACGUCAGUCAGGCUGUCGAGCAUGACCAUCCGCACUCGUUCGAUUUCCUUCGCAAGGAUUGCACCAAUAUUUCGGAAUUCUUCCGCAAGAAAGCGGUGGCCACAAUGACCGUAAAGGAGCUGUUUGACUUUAUAACGGACCAAACCAUCACCGAGUCGAAUAUGGAAGAGUGCCUGGAACGCAUCUCGGAACGGAUAAAGGACAGGGACUUUGAUGCCAUUACGGCGCAGGAGCAGAUUGACGAGGCCGUUUGGCAAAACACCUAUAUUCCAAAGCGGUUAGAUGAGGUUCAUCAUUUCGAGAGAGAUGUAGCUAAGGCCAAGCAGGGGGUGCAACAAAAUCUCAUUUACGGCAAGAUCACCGGACUUAAAUCGGAUCUAGAUGUCCAAAAGCAGCCCGAUGUUUUAGAACCCAAGGAAGUGUCACAGCCAGAAGGCAGUGAUGAUGGUGACGAAGUAGAGGACUCCCAAGAUGAAGACGAAAAUGAGGAAGAUGGGUCACGGUUUAAGAAUUCGGCUCGACCCCGGGACGAGUCGCCGGAGAGUAAAAAGGCUCGUAAGAAGGCCGUUAAAGAUGCCAAGGCAGAGCAGCGCAAGGUUAAGGUGAAAAAGCAUGUUAAAAAACGGAAGGAGAAAAUGGGAAGCACGAAAAAUUAAAAGCUUUUUGAAUUAACUAUGAUUAAGUUUAAAUUUUUUAGAGAAAUUAUUUUAUAUAAUAUACUUUUGGCCACAUCCCAUGAAAAGUAG